AUGUGUGGCUCAGUGUUUCACUCAUUGCUUAUUACAGACACUGUUUGGCGAUUGAGUCACUUCUGCGGACAGGUGUCUGUCGGACACACACCCAGUGGUCGCACACACGGCGACUAUCAGUCAGUACUGACACCACUCGCGACUGUCAUUAGUAUCUGCGGUUGUGUUGUGAAUGGGAGUGAAUAUUGUGUGGAAAAACACAUUGUCUUCGGCGGUCUCCGCACUUGUCAUCGCCCGACCACUACUACUACUACUUGUGUCCACUCAAUCCCAUCCAAAACACACCACGAGUUUGCUAUACAUAUAUCGUUAGAUCCGUUAGUGAUUAUAAUAAUGAUGCGAACCAUUCAUCGGAUGAGGCGAUCGUUUUCGCUAGAUUUGGCCGCCGAUGACUCCAACACUUUGUUUUUGCCAUUCAAUACAAUCGAUGACAAUCACAGUCAUAAUCACCAUAACUAUCACCAACUCUUUGCCAAAGCGACUCACAUUAAGCCCAGUUGUGAGUCGGGAAUCAUAUUGAAUAAGUUGUUUAACAGUAUAAUCAGCGAUGAGUUUAUGGAUUGUGGCCAUACGUGCGUCCGAACCGUCCGAUCCAUUAUAAAAGCCCCCAAAGAGAACUUUUAUGAUGUUUUGAACUCGACGGGACAGUCGUCUGGUGCCGAUUGUCAGACAAAUUGUGGUGAAAUGACUGCAGCUGUUCACUGGUCUACUGGUGUCGAUGAUAUUGACGAUGCAUUGGCCGCUGAUUUCGAUGGCAGUCUAUCCGGUCUCGGCAUGGAAUUGGGAACUAAUUCAUUCAACAUGAGUGAGGCUUUGAUGGCUUUGCCUAAUCUAACUGGUCUUAAACACGAGCACCACAACCAUCAUCACAGCCAUCACCUCACGAGCCAUCACCACCACAGCCAUCAUCAUCAGCACAGUGUCGGCCAUUCAUCUAAUCAUCAAAAUGCGCGCAUUUCUCACUCUGAGGGCUCGUCAACCGAUCGAAGUAACGGCGCGUCUCCUCUAUUGCACUCCAGCGCCGAUGAGACUAACCGUCCGAUAGCUGUAGUCCACGGAAAGAAGAAUCGUCUCGCGUAUGGGACUGAGGAUGAAGUGGUGACCACUGCUAUCAAGCGAUUCUGUUUGAGUAACGAAAGGGAAUCCAAUCUUAACGAACACAACAACCGAUACUUCAUUUCCAACAACUAUUUGAAUGAAGACGAGUGUAAUGACGAUUGUGUGGAUGAGCUCCGGUGCCAACACAGACACUCCUCAUCGGUGCCCGAUCUGCGAACAACAGUUCCCGGAGCCACCAAUCAAUCGCAUUCGACGGCAUCUUCACCCUCGUCCUCAUCCACACCAACGCCCACUCCAUCAUCAGUUUUGGCCCAAAUACUGGCCGCUCAGCAAUACAUAGCCAACUCUCCGCCGCCGGCACACGAGACGCUUCCGUCCAAUUCGAUUAGCACUAGAAGUGCCACCAAAUUCCAGUACGUGUUGGGCGCGGCCACCAGUAUGGCUGUCAAAACACACGAAGAGUCCAUGACUUACCUCAACCAGGGACAGUCGUAUGAAAUAAAGUUGAAAAAAGUGGGAGAUUUGACGGAAAUGAGAGGCAAAAUGCUUAAAACGAUUCUUAGGGUUGGUUUUCAAGAGAGACGCCUUCAGUAUAUGGAAAAGGAAUUGAUAUCUCAGUGGAAGAAUCAAAGACCUACGGAUCGGAUCCUCGAGGUUGACGUUCCCCUCUCUUAUGGAGUGCACGACAUAUUCGAUGACCCGAAAGAUGUGAACAAAUGUGAAUUCUUUUGGGAUCCCACGAAAGAGACCGGAGUUUUUGUUAAAGUGAAUUGCAUUAGUACUGAGUUUACACCGAAAAAACACGGCGGAGAAAAGGGCGUCCCGUUUCGGAUUGUGAUCGAAACGUAUCCGCACAACGGCCACAGCCCGGCCUCAUGUCUUCACGCGGCCUCGUGUCAGGUGAAAGUGUUUAAGCCUAAGGGCGCCGACCGGAAGCAUAAGACAGAUCGCGAGAAAAUGGCCAAAAAGCCGCACUUAGAACAGGAAAAGUUUCAGAACUCUGUCGACUGCACUGUUUUCAUUGAUUGCUCGUUGGAUUCGUUGUUCUCAUUCAGUGCUCCCGUAUCUCAAACUACCUCUAAUCACAUCUCAACCAUCGAAAUCAACCCUAAGACUAACGAAUCAAUCAAAUGCUUAUCUCCCGAACACUCAUUGACCCCAAAACCACUCGCAAUCAAUAGCUAUUGCGAAAGCGAUUCGUCGCACGAUUUAGUGACCAACUGUUUGCCAACCGCUCAGUCGGUCGACGCCUCCUUCCGAGCCCUGGCGGUCGACUCAGACGCCGAACUCACAAACAAAUGGCUUCAAACAAAUCGAUUCAAUUCCUAUACGAGAACGUUCUCCAACUUCGCCGGCGCCGACAUCUUAAGGCUUACGCGCGAAGAUCUCAUUCAAAUCUGUGGCCUAACCGACGGAAUUCGACUCUUCAACGCACUCCACGCCCGAACCAUUAGACCCCGGCUUACAGUAUACGUGAGCUCACCGUCCGAUGAAGUCUAUCGCGCCGUCUAUUUAGAAAAUCUAACGGUCAAUGAAUUGAUUGCGAAACUAAACGCAAUUUUGUUGUCGAAUAGCAAAAUUAAAUUAAGCCGAAUCUGUUUGUCCGGUCCGUCGGGUAUUCAUAUCUUAGUCACCGAUGAUGUCGUUCGCAAUCUUUCCGAAGAAUCCAUGUUUUUAGUUGAGAUCAAGAAAGAUCCAAACGGAGGCAAACUUCAGGCACUACUUAAACCGUUUAAUUAAUAAUUGAAAUUUAUUUUAAUCAAACAAUUAAUCGCUGAAAUUGUUAUCAACUUAUUUAGACUUUUGUUUGUUUAACAUUUACUUUUGUUUCUCCGACUCUGGAAUUAGAGUUUAAUUUGUGUUUUUAAUCAUUGGCUUUAAAUUUAGAUAUAUUUGUAGUUUUGAUAUUUUUGGAAUAUAUGUAUAAUUUAAUGAUUUGACAUAUCAUUUGUCUCUCAAAUCCAAUAGAGAGUCAGAACAGGAACGGGAAAUAUAUUGAUGUAUUCAAUCAUUUCAUAGAUUCAUCGGUUAGAGAAACAUUCACUAUUGAGUUAAACAAAUGUUACACUCAUUUUAUAUCAAUUGCUUAAUAGUAUUUAUUUUAAUAUUCAAAUAAUUGCUAUUAUUUCUAAGCAAACCUUUUAAUGUAGCGCUCAUUUAUUUUUUAAUUUAUUGUGAAUAUUUAUAAUACUAUUCAUUUGCUUUUACUAUACUUUUUGGUUAUUUGAAAAACUAUGCAAUCAAUGAAAUAUUUUCAAACAUUGUUAUUCUUUGAACCCCUUUUCCGGCGAAUAACAUAUUCCUAAAGUAAAGCUAGACAUAAGCCCAGAAUUGAAAACCUGUAAUAAAAUGUACCUCUAAUUUGUAUGGCAUUUGUUUAAUAAGUAUCUCAUUAAGUCAUUAGAUAACUAUUUUUACAGCAAUUUAUCAUAAAUCCUGAAUUGAGUUCAAAAUUUUUCACUUUUAUAUUCAAUGAAAUGUUUGGAAACCACUGUUUUUGUUGAAAUGAAUAGAAAUGGACUGAAUUUGUGAUAAAUCAGUCUCUGAUUCAAUAGUUUUUCUCUACUAUUACUACUGAAUAUAUAGCAUAUUUUGGUCAUACGUUUGCAAUCAUAUUCUCCCGGUUUUGAUACAAAUUAUUAAUUAUUUUACAUUUGCUUAUAAUUGGGAAUAAUAAGUGAAAUAGAAAACAAUAUAUAGUUUUACAAAAAUACAGUGCCAUAAAUGGGAACCAAUC